GAGUAUCCACAUUUCACAUUUGUCAGUUAGCUCCUUCUGCAUAAGUACUGAGUCUGCAAAAUGAUAAGGCAGCUCUUGGUGCUGUUUUUGGUGGUGAUGAUGGUGAGUUCCUGCGGCAUGGCAGGGCCGCAGAGAGCAACCGUCGGUGGAAUAUUUGGGGAGAAGCAGCACCACCGCGUCGAGAAGGAAGUAACCACCUUGGAAGGAAGAGAAAGCACAGCUAAGUCCACGGACGAAAGCAACAACCACCAUAGCAUACCGAGACAAGAUUACCCUUCUCCGAGUAACGAUGGAAACAGUAAUGGUGGAAGUGAAUAGAUAUACUUGUUUUAUGGAUUAAUGCGUUAGUGUUUAUAGGUUGUGUGAGUAGAUAAUGAUGUUUCCAGUUUGGUGUUAAGUCAAAUUAUAACAUUAUUAUCAUAGGGCCUAAAUUUUAUAAUCUGGGUGAAGCUAGGCCGUAAAAGACUAUUUCGGACGUGUGGUUUCCAUAUACUAAGUGGGUUUGCUGGGUUGCUGAUGUGAAAUAAAAAUUAGUGUCAUGU